AUGUGGCGCUCCGCACGCAACGUGCGCAUCACAUACGCCCCGCUGCCCGCCAAGACUUCCUCCUCCUCCUCGACGCCUCCGCUCGCGCGCAUCGACGACCUCGUCGAGUACGAGAAGUCCUCCGGCAAGGGCGGCGUCAAGAGCGUCGCCGGCGUGGACACGGCGGCCGGGGCGCCGGACACGGGCGCGUGGGACUGGCGCGGCAAGGGCUGGCUGUUCUUCGUGGGCAGCCACUGGGAGGUGCUGGGCUGGGGCGAGAGGCCGCUGGCGGACGGGAGCGGCGGCGGCGGCGGCGGCGGCGUCGAGAGGUGGGUGGUGACGUGGUUUGCGCCGACGGUGUUUACGAAGGAGGGCGUGGAUGUGUACAGUGAUCGCAAGGAGGGGGGGAGCAAGGAGUUGGAGGAGGAGGUGUUGGCUGCACUGAGGAAGACGGAGGCGAAGCCAUUGGCGGAGAUGUGUGAGAAGGAUAUGAAGGAGGUCGAGAUCAAGUUGCCAUGGAAGGAGAGGUGA